AUGCUGACCAUUAUGGAUAUUGUUACAUUGUCUAUUGACUUAUUUUCUGUAGUGGUAUCAUCUCCCGGACACCUAUUUGUUAUGCUUGUGAAUCUACAGGACCUGAUCAAUAACGUAAAAUUUCAGCUUAACGACCAGCUGAUUUUUUGUAUCAGUCUCUUCAGUUUUGUUCAUGGAAUUGUCAAAAUAUGCAGUGAUUUUUUGCUUUGUUUGGCUAUGGGAUAUAUCACAGUUGAUGGUAAAAGGUAUAUUUCUGUGCUGCUUUCGACUAUAUCUUUCUGUAUUCUCUGGUAUUGUACCUGGCUGUCUUUGUACUUUUGCUUAAAAAUUGUCAAUUUCAAGCAAGGAUUCUAUGUAUAUCUACAGAAGAACUUCCACAGGAUGUUUCCAUGGAUUCAUAUUAUAUCAACGAUGGGGUCGUUUUUGGCCUCUCUUCCCGUUGGCUGGGAUGUCACUGAAUACUCAUUAAAUUCAACAAGUUGUGCAGCCAAUCAAAAUAUGUUUCUUCUUAUGUCCAAUGGAAAAUCACUCAAGGUUAUCAUGGUGGUCUCAUUUGUGGCUUUUUUGCUUUUCUUCAGUUCAUCUUUAUCCAUAAUCAUAUCACUUUACAGACACAUCAGGAGAAUGAAAACCAACAUGCAGUCCUUUAGUGACACCAGUUGUGAUGUCCAUGUUCGUGUAACUGAAACAGUGGCUGCUCUCUUUGCAGCUAAUGCUCUGUACUAUUUGACAUUGCUUCUCUGUGCUUUUCUCCAAAAUUCCUAUAUUUGGCAAUGUGUCAUUGCUAUCAUAUUGUCCCUUACUCGUGCCCCCAGGCCUAUAAUCCUAGUAAGGGCUAAUAAGAAGCUGGAGGUGCACCUAAGACAAUGGCUACAUUGCUGUGCAUGCAUCACAUCAAGUUCAGAUAAUUUUGAGUAA